AUGUCUAAAAAUAGCAACAAUAAUCGAAAUCAAGACACUAUCUUUGUUAAGACAACAGGUGGAGGUAAAAACGCCCCAAAGCAAAUCCAUGUUGCCCAUAGAAGAUCUCAAAGUGAAUUGACCAAUCUGAUGAUAGAACAAUUCACUUUGCAAAAGCAAUUGGAAACUGUUCAAGCGCAGCAACAACAAUUGCUCGCUCAACAACAGCAGCUGGCUCAUCAAACCGGCCAAUACAUUACUAAUAACAGUAAUAAUAACAAUACCGGGAAUAAUAUGAUGGCACCUCCUCAAUAUAAUACCAAUUUGGGAUCACCUAACGUUUCUGGCGGGAAUAGAAGUAGAUCUCAUUCUAGAAAUAAUUCCGGUUAUCAUCAAAACUCUUAUGAUAAUAAUAAUAAUAACAAUAAUAACAAUAACUUGACACCAAAUUACCAUAGAAAGACAGGUUCCCAAUCAAGUGUUUAUGGCCAUUCAAGAAGACAUUCUUUAGGAUUAAAUGAAGCUAAAAAGGCUGCAGCUGAAGAACAAGCUAAGAGAGUUGCAGGUGUCAAUGAACUUCCAACUAAUGUUGAUGUUAGAGUUGAAACUGCAUCUCCAGAUAUGAGUUCCACUGAACAAUCUUCAUUUAAGUUCCCAGCGGCCCCAGUUCCACCUCAACAACAUCGUCGUACUAAUUCUAAUUUGUCAUCACCUUCGUUCAAAUUCCCACCUGCAAUUAAUACACCAAUUAGUGCUCCUCAAGAAGAUGAUUUCAUUCAAACUUCAAGUACUCAUCGCCGGUCAAAAACCAGAAAUAAUGAACAAUCCCCAGGUAUAAAUUCUAACUGGAGAAAUCAAUCCCAAACCCAAUCUCAAAUUCAACAGCAACAACAACAAUCUCCAUACCGUCAUAGACAAACCAACUCAAAGGAUUAUAAUUCAUUUAAUAAUCUUGAACCACCUGCUUUCUUCCCAGGACAUUACCCUCGUGGAUCCAAUACAUCUGUGCAUAGUUUCACAUCUAACAAUGGAGGCAAUAAUGGCCGUAGAUCUCUAUUCGCUCCUUAUUUGCCACAGGCAAAUAUCCCUGAAUUAAUUCAAGAAGGUAGACUUGUUGCUGGUAUCUUGCGCGUGAAUAAGAAAAACAGAUCAGAUGCAUGGGUUUCAACUGAUGGCGCGUUAGAUUCUGAUAUUUAUAUUUGUGGUUCGAAAGAUCGUAAUAGAGCCCUUGAAGGUGAUUUAGUUGCUGUCGAAUUAUUAGUCGUUGAUGAUGUUUGGGGCUCUAAGAAGGAGAAGGAAGAAAAAAAGAGAAGAAAGGAUGCAUCUAGUCAACAUGAUAUCAUUCCUUUGAACAGUAAUGAUGAUUAUCAUAAUGAUGCCUCCGCAAAUGCGUUAAGUACUCCAUUUUUAGCACCACGUGCUAAUUCAGAUGAGAAUAGUCCAAUUUCUCCACGUAAGGGUGCCAAUUUAGAUUUCUUGAAUGAUAAAUCUCCAACUAAAUCUAGUAUCAAGAGAAGGAACUCUUUGAAGCAACGUCCAACCCAGAAGAAAAAUGAUGAUGUCGAAGUCGAAGGCCAAUCAUUGUUGUUAGUAGAAGAAGAAGAAAUCAAUGAUACAUAUAAACCAUUAUAUGCUGGUCAUGUGGUUGCUGUUUUAGACCGUAUUCCUGGCCAAUUGUUUAGUGGUACUUUGGGUUUAUUGAGACCCUCUCAACAGAGUAAUAAUGAUGGUAAACCUCCACAAUCUCCAAAGAUUGCAUGGUUUAAACCAACUGACAAAAAAGUUCCUUUAAUCGCCAUACCAACAGAUUUGGCACCAAAGGAUUUUGUUGAAAAUGCGGAUAAAUACGCUGAUAGAUUAUUUGUUGCUUCAAUUAAACGUUGGCCUAUAACUUCUUUACAUCCCUUCGGUGUUCUAGUCUCCGAAUUGGGUGAAAUUAAUGAUCCGAAUACCGAGAUCGACUCAAUUUUAAGAGAUAAUAACUUCUUGUCUAAUGAAUAUUUAGAUAUGAAAGAUCCUACUAAGGAGAAAGCAAUAUUCCAGGCAUUAACGAUCUCAGAGGAAGAUUUAGCCGCUAGAAAGUCAUUUACAAACAGAGAACAAUAUAAUAUUAUGGCAAUUUCUGAAAAGCAAUCUCUCUCAGAAUUUGCCAUACAUGUUAGAAAUAAAGAUGAAAGCACUAUUGAAUUAGGUUGUCAUGUAGUUGAUGUCACCUCAUAUAUUGAAGAGAACUCAUCCCUGGAUAGAAGAGCAAGAAAGAGAUCGUCGGGUGUCUUUAUGCCACAGAAAUCAGUAGAAUUAUUACCCAGAGCUGUCAAUAAUAGCAUAACUCUAGAAGCAAACAAAGAAUCUGCAACUAUCUCGGUGGUGUAUGAUAUUGAUAUAAAUUCAUUCCAGAUUAAAUCUACUUGGAUAGGUGAAUCUGUUAUCAAACCAUCCACGCUAUUAUCAAUUGAUGAAAUUGAUAGACGCUUGAAAUCGGCAAAAAUCGAUCCAUAUAUUUCUUUGGUUAAAAAUAUUGCUACAUCUCUCUAUGCUACCAGAAUUAACUUUCCCGAAGCAUCAUUAGAACCUGCGCUAUCAUUAUUUGAAAGUCUUGAUGAUGAAAAGGUGAAAGUAGACUUGAAUAUAUUCGAUAGAAGUCUAGGUUUUAGUGUUAUUAACGAACUUCAAAGAAAGGUUAACAGUACAGUCGCCGAAAAAAUUUACGAAAAACUAGGAGACUCUUCAUUCCUAAGAAGACAAGUGCAACCAAUUUCUACGAAGAUUGCUUCUUUCAAGAAUAAAGUUCUAAAGUUUGGCAUAAAUAUCGAUAUCACCUCAACUGAUACAGUCAUCCGUUCCAUCUUAGAUAUUGAAGAUCCUGACAUUAGAGUAGGUGUAGAGAUUUUAUUAUUUAAGACGAUGUCAAGAGCAAAGUACUUUGUUGCAGGUAAGGUGGAUCCAGACCAGUAUGGUCAUUACGCCCUAAACUUGCCUAUCUACACUCAUUUUACGUGUCCAUUGAGGAGAUAUGCGGAUCAUGUUGUCCAUAAGCAAUUAAAGUCAAUUAUACGCGGCGUUCCUUAUAGUGAGGAUAUUGAUUCUCUAAAAAUCACCUCAGAAUAUUGUAAUUUCAAGAAGGAUUGUGCAUAUCAAGCACAAGAGCAAGCAGUUCAUUUAUUGCUCUGUAAAACAAUUAAUGAUAUGGGUAAUGCUACUGGUCAAUUACUAACAAUGGCAACUGUUUUACAGGUUUACGAGUCUUCAUUCGAUGUCUUCAUUCCAGAAUUUGGUAUUGAGAAAAGAGUUCAUGGGGACCAGCUACCAUUAUUUAAGGCUGAGUUUGACACUGGAAGUAGAAUCCUGGAACUCCAUUGGCAACCUGGUGUUGAUAGUGCAACUUUUGUGCCGGCAGAUGAAAAGAAUCCAAAAUCGUAUAGAAAUUCGAUUAAAAACAAAUUUAGAUCUACGACAGCCGAAAUUGCUAGUAUGGAAUUGAGUUCUAAUAGUAGAGCUUCUGUAAGUGAUUCACUAGCCAAAGAGUUUGCAGAUUUACAUUUAUCGGUUCCACAGCUGAGAUUACCCGAGAAGAACGCCAGGGUGAGUGAUCCAUUAGAUCAAUUCCUUUCUACUGCUGUUACAAGAAAAGAAGAUGAUAAUUGCAUACAGGAAAUUCAUGAACUUCAGAAGAUUCCUAUUCUACUAAGAGCUGAGGUGGGGAUGGCAUUGCCUUGUCUUUCUGUUCGUGCACUUAACCCAUUUAUUAAGAGGGAAUAG